ACAACCAUAAUAGCCAGCAACAUAGUCAAAUGAGCCACGGUAAUAACCGGCCCAAUAGCCAGUAUGGUUCACCGAGUAACCAGUACGGCCCUCCAAGCAACCAGUAUGGCCCACCAAGUAAAGGUUUUGGAACACCCAGAAACCAGUACAACUCCCAAGGUAGCGGAUAUAACAGACCCAACACCCAGCACGGCUCAUCAGCCGGCGGGGGUCACUCCGGCCACCACUGCUCCCACUCCGGCUCAAACCACGCGCCCAGCCGGCACUACGGCCCGCCGAGUAGCGGUCACUCCGGCUCAGGUCACGGUCACGGCACGCCGAGCAGUUCGUACGGCCCUCCGAGGUCAGGAGGUCACGGCCACAUCGGCUCCAAGGGAGGUCAAGGUCAGAGCGGCAGCUACGGCGGCAGCGCGAUCAGCAGCUACAGCAGCUACGACUCGUCCCAGACGGGCGACGUCUACUACGUCCAUGUGGAUGACGACAAAGGGAAGGGACGACACAAGAAGAAAAAGAAGAGCAGGGGGCGCUCCAAGGGCAGGCAGAACGGCUACAAGGGAAAGGGAAGCAGCGGCGGAGUCUAUGAAGCUGAGGAGGAGGAGGAUGAAUACGCGUACCCAGAGCGGACCGAAGGCUGUCCGAGAAAGAUCGACAAGCACGGCUGCAAGAAGGCGUUCAAGCGCACGCCGUGCCGCUUCGCCAACGACUGGGUGUGCGGCAGGAAGGAGCAGUGCUGCUACUCCUCCUGCGUCGGCCACUCGGUCUGCGUCAAGGCCAAGCACAAGCCCUGGUGGAAGUUCUGGUAGCAGAGGAUGAUGCUGAACAACGAACUGGGAGGGUGUGCUUGACUGAUUGAGGUCGAAAAAUAGUAGAUUUGGAAUGUUGUGUGGGUGAGUGAUUCAUGUUAACGUUGCUCGUGACUGACAAACGAGUGAACAUGAAGUUCAUUUGAGUGCAAGUGUUCGUGAGUUUGAGGACUCAUGAUCUUUAAUUUCAUUACUAGAGCGUAAGCGAUAUUUGUAUUUUUUACCAGAUAAGGCAAGAGUUUAUAGCUUUCUAUUAUCUAUAGUUGACUCGGUGAUUGAUUGAGCCCAAUUAAUUGUGUAUAUCAGAUAAUGUUAAGCCAGCAUUAGCUAGCCGAUCGGGCAAUUCUACAUGUGUAGACCAAAGAGCUGAAAGUGAUUGCAAGGAUGGGCACAUUCAAAAUUUGAUUAAAAUUUGAAAAUACUUACAAGCAGGUAAAGAUCACCGUAGUUCGCAAGAGAUGAACGAAAGGCGUAUUUAAAAAUGGCUGAUGAGGUGCAGGCUGAUGAUAUAUUGAGUGAGAGCGAAUGAUGGCUUGUACCUGCUAUGCAGAGAGAAUCGUGCUAUGCAAAUGCACAUGCACUGACUGAUUACUUUGUGUGCACAAUGCACAUGGUAUUGCUCGGCAUAAUUUAUAGAUAAGCUUACAAUUAAGUUUUUACGGUAGAUAGCUAGGUGUGAGCCGAUAUUUGUUCGACACCAUACAGUAAUGGUCAUUUGUGCUGUGUGUUUAUAUGAAUAA